AGGUGGAGUACGAGGAUUCUAACCAGCGUAAGCGGAUUAGGAAGGUUGGUGAGAUCAGUGUCAUCGCCAACAACAUGGAGAAAUAUAUUUCAUUCAAGUGGCGUCAGUACCGCUUCAUUGACUCCAUGGCCUUCUUGAACUCCUCUCUUGACUCGUUGGUGAGCAACACCCCGGAAGAUGCCUUCAAGCUUACUCGUACAUUAGCCCAUCAUGACCUUCUCCGGCGUAAGGGUGUCUACCCCUACGAGUACAUGGACUCCUUUGCUCGGUUUGAUGAGACACAGCUGCCACCUAAAUCAGCAUUUGAGUCUAGUUUGACUGGAGAAGGUAUCAGUGAUGCCGACUAUGCCCAUGCUCAGAACGUAUGGCAGGUAAGCAGCUUGUGCCUUCUGUAUUGACCCUCGGAAUUUCCCUGAUGCCAUGCUUUUUGCAUUAUUGUGCUCUACUUAUGACUUUGUAUGCUGUUGUGAUGUGCCCUACACAUUUUUUUUGUACUCAUUGCUCUCUAUCCGUGGAUAUGUGGAUGCUUGUGUGUAUGGAUGUGUGCAUGCGUGUGUGCGUUGCUGUUUUUUGUUUUGUUUGUUUUUUGUUUUGCAGCCAUUUGAGUGCAGUACAAUGGAGGCCUAUCAUGACCUCUAUUUGCAAACAGAUGUCUAUCUUCUAGCAGAUGUCUUUGAGCAUUUCCGCAAGACGGCAUACAAGACGUAUGGGUUGGAUCCAGCUCAUUACCUUACUCUCCCAGGAUAUGCAUGGGAUGCUCUACUACGGUUCACCCAGAUUGAACUGCAGCUGCUCACGGAUGUAGACAUGCAUCUGUUUGUCGAAGCCGGUCUACGUGGGGGCAUCUCAAUGGCGUCGCAGCGGUACGGCAAGGCCAACAACCCAACGAUGGGUCAGUACAAUCCUGCCGAGCCCACAUCAUACCUGCUAUACCUUGAUGCCAACAACCUGUAUGGCUGGGCUAUGUGCCAAAGUAUGCCGACAUCUGAGUUUGCCUGGUGUGACAAGAACCUGUCCGAGAUACUGGCACACCCUGUAGAUUCGAGCACUGGGUUCAUUGUGGAGUGUGAUCUUGAGGUACCCUCUUCGCUUCACCACUACUUCAAUGAUUAUCCACUCGCACCGGAAGUGAUGAGAACAUUCUCAGAUAAGCUAUCACCAUACCAACAAGCACUUGUGGAGGAGCUCAAAGUGUCAGCCGUAGAUGGAGUCAAGUUGACACCCAGUCUCCUACCCAAGUCCAAGUAUGUGUUACACUACCGUACACUGCAGCUGUAUUCGCGUCUGGGCAUGGUGGUGACCGCUGUUCACAAGGUGUUGGGAUUUCAGCAGAGUGCCUGGAUGGCUCCCUACAUCAAUCUGAACACUGCACUUCGCACGAGGGCUACAACCGACUUUGAGAAGAGCUUUUACAAGCUGAUGAACAACUCAGUCUUUGGCAAGACGAUGGAGAACGUUCGUAAUCGAACACGCAUCGAUCUCUUGCGAGAAGAAAGUGAGGAGCAGGUACUGAGGGCAGUGAGCAAGCCUACAUAUGUGCGGCAUGACAUUUUCCCGAACGGGCUUGUCGGAAUAGAAAAGCAGUACACUGAGAUCAAGCUCAACAAGCCGGUCUAUGUGGGUAUGUCGAUACUAGACCUGUCAAAGGUACACAUGUACUCCUUCUACUACGAUGUGCUGAAGGAGCAGUAUGGUAGCAGAAUCCGGCUGUUGUACACCGACACCGACUCUGUUAUUGUGCACAUCACCACCGGUGAUGUUUAUGCAGAGAUGGAUCUGUCUCUGUAUGACACCAGCAACUUUCCCACUGACCAUCCUCAGUACACUUCUGCCAAUAAGAAAGUGGUUGGCAAAUUCAAAGAUGAGCUUGGUGGGAAAUCCAUGGUGGAGUUUGUAGGUCUAAGAUCGAAGAUGUACUCCUACAUCGGACAGGAAUCGGCCAAACGGGCCAAGGGUGUGCGAAAGGCAGUCCUGGCAAAUACCAUCACCCACAAGGACUAUGUAGAUGCACUGCUCAGUCAUCGUGUGUCUUCCAGGCCUAUGACGGGUCUCCGAUCACAUUGCCACACAGUGUAUGAGGAGGUAACCACCAAGGUGGCAUUGUCUCCAUUCGACUGCAAGCGGUACAUACUGGAUGAUGGCAUGGCCACACUUGCAUAUGGUCACAAGGACAUUUAAUGGACAGGACCCCACAUUGAACAUGUUUCAUCAUUUUCAUACAAAAACUCCCCGCCGUUCUUCUGUCAUUAAUUCCUCCUAUCUUGGCAUGUCGGGCCGGCUCCAACAAUAUACAUUUUUUGUUAAAUAUUUCAGGCUUGUGCCUCAAUCAUAUUGCAGGAUAUAGUGCAUCGUGCGGUAUAAUAAUCUUCAUUGUAUCAUCAAAUAUUACCCUACACACUUUGGGUUGCAGUGUGUGCACAGCAUAGUCCAUAUAUCAUCAAAUUGAUCAAGUUCAGUAUCUGCGGGCAUAUAUUUCCCCAGCUUGAGAAAAUGCUUAUAUACUUGCGUAAAUUUAUGCUCACAAUGAUUACAU